AUGAUUGAAGGCGUCAUGGAGUGGAUUCGCGGCGGCCCCGUGCCGGGGGCGACUUUUCAAAUCGGGCAGACCAAGUUCGUGCUUCCCCCCGAUGUGAUGAACCGCGCAGAUGUGCAGGCUUCAGGUCUCGCGCUCAUUGCUAGGAACGAAGGAUUCAAGGAGAUCCCUCCCAUGAUUCCAAAGACCGAGGACGGCGCGAUCAUCAUCACCCGCCCUCUCGACGGCUUCCAGUUGCUCAUGGAGCAUCUGCUAGACCUCGAGCCGCUCUCGGUGGUGCCGCUCCACGAAUUCUGCAGCAAGUACAUGGCUCUCAAAUCCGAGAUUGCAUACUGGCAGCUGCCUCUCGAGGAAGUCCCUUUCCAAGACCGUAUCUACUACGAAACCGCGUGGACAGACGAACACUGUCUCUUCCCGCUCGCGGCUGUGGACGCGGCGGCCUUCCAGCGAGUGCGCGGAGACGAACCGACCAGCGCGCGGCGCGUGACGCUCUCGCAGGUCGACAAGCAGCCCGAGGAAAUCAGCAAAGCGUUUCUGGAUGUGGGAGGCGCGGACGAUGCCGCAGAUUGGUCCUUCUUCGUGUUUGAUCCGGCGGCGAUGACUCCGCCAGGCAGCGACCCCAAGAAGGCGUCCCUGGGAAGGCUCGUCCUCGCAGUCGGCCCGAAGAAGUUCUUCUGCAAGAUUCCUUUCCUCACGGAUCCGUGCGUGCACUACGGAGCCCUGUCGGAGCGCGACCGCGACCUCGCCCCGUUUGCGAUUCUCGUAUCUGCGAGCGAGUGCACCAUCGUGUGGAACCGCGGCUGCUUCAUCCACGUCAAAGUCGAGGAGAGCAAACACGGCGCCAAGUUUGCGGAAGUCAACGUCUUCCACCGCGAGCCCAGUUGGCUCUGCGUCCAUCCUUUCCUCGACUACGUCAUCUCCGGCGUGAAGGGACCGGUGCCUCACGUAUAUUGCUUCGACAUGCCCGACGCGUCGGUCGUGCGCUUCUUCCCAUGGGGCUGCCUCGUCGUCAACGGCGAAGUGACGCUCGAGGGCAGGCGGAAGAAAGACGAUCCGGCCGCGCCGGCCUCCUUGCCUGCGCCCAGUGCCCCGGUGCCGCAGGCGUCGAGCUCGCAAGGGGAGAACAACUUCCGGCGGCUGCUCACGUACCUGCAGCCUGAGUCUGCCUCGAAAAAAGGCGCGCCUGUUGAGGGCAUGUCCGAAUAUCGCCCUGCGAAGCCAGUGGUCGUUGCGGGCGUGUUGAGAAGCAAAAUGAAGGUUGUCAUGCCGAUUGAAAAGGUCCAUCUGAUCAACAUGGACUUGGAGCCGGACAGCUCGGUGACGCUUCGCCACGGUGUCAACUACGACAUCUUGGAUGUGCGCAACUCAGAGGGCAGCGACUUCGAGAUAGUGCUGUCGGUCAACGGCGGGCUGGUGUCUCGCACGAGAGAAGAAUUUAUGGAGAUUCGCCAGGGCAAUCCCGUGGCCGUCGUGGGAGUGACGGGGAAGGGCGAGCUCGUACCACAGAGCCACCUCCUCAUCCCCAAUGGCGCACCAGUGGGAGAGAUGUUCCGCAGCCUCACACUCAUCGGCGAGUACAUCACGAGAGAAAAGAGCUACUACAGCUUCGAGUUGGGGAAGAAACUCUUCGAGUUCCACAGGUCUCUGUACAUCGUCCGCGCGGGUCGUGAAGGCGCGUGCAACAUCAUGUAA